AUGCACGUGAAUUACACAGGGCGCACCGCACAACAUGACCCAAGUGAGCUAGACAAAAACAAACACGUGUCGAGAAAUGUGGCGAAGAUCCAUAUCGCAGGGACCAAUUCUGUUGUGUUCACUACAAGCGAUAUCCAAGCACGUGGCAAAACCUCAGUGUUCACUCAACCCCUGCCAGAUGUGAGACGCAUUAUACGUCAGUUCAAUCAGGUCAAGCCGGACGGUCUGGUGAGACCUGUGCAUAACGCUCCAACUGGUCGAGGUUCACACGGCGACGAAUCGAAAGAAACAGCCCCGUGGACCACUGGGGAGAUUAGAUUGCGUAAAGUGAAUAAAGUUUUGCAUCGAUGGUCACCAUCGGAGAGUACGGAUUCAUCGAAUUCAGAUCCUGAGAAAAACCACUCGCCACAAUCAGAUGGUCUUCCUAGUGCGUCUGGAAAAACAGAACAACAACAAAAACUAAAGGAACAACAAGAAGUGAGAAAAACAUUCACUGUGCCUGAUGUGAAAGUAACUUUUAUGGAUGACACGGACAGUGACAGUUGCACCCAAUCCCCAUCAAAGAUCACUUCGGACGGGGAUUCCACAACCACCACCACCACCACCACCACCAUGACGAUGUGUGCUGAUACGGACAGGGGUACAACUGGUGCUCGUGCUGUCCCUUUAGCUCAGGAUGCGGAUGACGAAGUGGACAGCACAAGCGAAGACUACUGGACAGACCCGUGGACUGUUUGUCUGGUACGCGGACAAACAGAGGAACCAUUCGGUCUCACUGUUCUAAGUAAGUCCGGAUUCGCGUAA